GUGUCAUAAUUUGGUUCCAACCUAACUAAAAUCAAAAGGUAAGUGUGCCGCCCACGCCGCUCUUUCUUAGAAAAUCCUGAGAUGCCUAAAGUCUCAUAGAUUCAUAAAAAGAAAAAUAUAUGCAAGUGGAGAACUUUAUAUGGCUAUAAAUUUGACCCUUGUUCUUGAUAUCAUUGUACCAAUUACCUGACCCAAUCUAUCUCUAGUCUAGAAAGAGACAACAGUUAGCUAGCCAUGGUGGUGUCUACUAAUUUUUUACUUGUUCUUGUUGUUUGUUCUUGCUUGAUUUUCUUUGUUACAGAAGCUCAAAGGCCUGCUUUGGUGAAAGGUCUUUCAUGGUCAUUUUAUCAGUCUAGUUGCCCUCAGCUUGAAUCCAUUAUUAAGAAGAGGCUUGAAAAACAAAUCAAGGAUGAUGUUGGCCAAGCUGCUGGCUUACUUCGCCUUCAUUUUCACGAUUGCUUUGUCCAGGGAUGUGACAGUUCAGUGUUACUUGAUGGAUCAGCAGGAGGGCCAAGUGAACAAACUGCAAUUCCAAAUUUGACCCUAAGAAAGAAGUCAUUCAAGAUUAUUGAUGAUCUUAGGAAAAGGAUCCAAGCUGAAUGUGGCCAAGUUGUGUCUUGCUCUGAUAUAACUGCCAUUGCUGCUAGGGACUCCGUUGUCUUGACUGGUGGCCCGAAAUACGAUGUACCCUUGGGAAGAAAGGACGGACUCAACUUUGCAACAGAACAAGCUACAAUAGACAACCUUGUCGCACCCUUCGCCAACACUACAACCAUCCUCGAUCGCCUGGCAGCCAAAGGCCUUGAUGCCACUGAUGCAGUCGCGUUGUCCGGGGCCCACACCAUUGGCAUCAGCCACUGUACUUCGUUCACCGAACGUCUCUAUCCGAACCAAGACCGCACCAUGGACAAGACAUUCGCCAACAACCUCAAACGUAGCUGCCCAACAGCUGACUCGAACAACACGGUCAACAUGGACAUUCGGAGCCCUAAUGUGUUUGACAACAAGUACUAUGUUGACCUCAUGAAUAGGCAAGGUCUUUUUACGUCCGAUCAAGAUUUAUAUACAGAUAGAAGGACUCGAGGGAUCGUUACGAGCUUUGCUGUGAAUCAAUCGUUGUUUUUUGAGAAGUUUGUUAUUGGUAUGAUCAAGAUGGGACAAUUGAACGUGUUGACUGGUGGACAAGGUGAAAUUAGGAAUAGGUGUGAUAGGAGGAACAAGGAUAAGAAGGUUGAUAUUGCUACUGUUGUUGAAGAAUUGGAGGAAACCUUCUCUGCGUUGUUUUAAGUUUAUUUAAUUAGUCACUUGUUUUUGAAACAAUAAUGUGAGUGUCUUUGCUUAAAAUAAUAAUCACAUUUUCUUUUGUGAUGUAAUGUAAGGAGAAGUUGUUUUGGAUCUCUUUUCAAAA